CCCACUCCCUCCGCUCAGCAAAAACAGCGAUCGCACGGCUAAGCUUUGCUCUUCUCCUCGAAAUCUACCAUGGCGGCAUCUGUAGCCAGCUCUUUCUUCUUCGACGACGAGCCAGCCGGCGAGCGCGGCAUGGCCGCCAUGGACGCAUGCGCGCUCUGCACCAAGCCGCUGGCGCGCGAGAAGGACAUCUUCAUGUACAGAGGGGACACCCCCUUCUGCAGCGACGAGUGCCGCCACAAGCAGAUGCGAGACGACGCCGUCUGCGAGAGGCACGCUACCCGGAGGCUGCGGCCGUACUCGUCCGUGCCGGAGUCCCAUCGUGGGCAGCGAGAGUCCGUGGAGGUGUCCGUCGGGAGCUGACCGGCCAGACCGCCAACGAAAGAACUCUGAAGAACCAUCAAUUUUGGGAUGAUGGUAUUUCUCCGGCGCUCUUGGGUAUUAGGAGCUGUCCAGCCCAGCGAGGCAGGAAGCUGCGGCGCGCCGGCGCCCGCAGCUUCUUGGCCUCUUGGGCUAGUUGAAGAAGGCGAUGAUCGAAGAACAUCACCGUGUGUUUAUCUUAUGUUUUGGCUAAUCCGAUCAGCCCUGCCCCGCUCUGUGAUUC